CUCACCCCGAGCCAACCAAUUAUUUGAAUGACGUUGGCGUGGUUCUCGCUGACGAGGUCGUUCAGCAGGACGAGAUGCAGGGUUGGAUCCAGUGGACAGUCGCGCUGGAUGUCGGCGCAGGCUGCCCUUGCGGCGGUCUCACCCUCGGUGACGGCGGAAGCAGCGUCUGAACCGCCUACCUUUCGAUCGUUGAAGGAUAAAAUCUCCAAACAGACUCUCAAAGGACUCACUGUGUCUCCGUUUAACCUCGACCGGAUGACCCACGUGCAGUCUCUUGUCACCGCACUCCUCCCUGACCUUGCCGGUCCUUACGACCCCUCUGCUCCCCCGAACCCGGAUGCUCCUCGUGAUCUACUCGUGCGAGCCCGCACCGGGACCGGUAAAACGCUCGCUUUCCUCAUCCCCGCCAUCGAGCACAGAAUCCGAGCAGUUGACCAACACGUUAAAAACGCGGCUCACGCUUCCGACCCCUCGUCAAUUCUCGCGGGUCGUAUCCGCAAUUCUUUUCGUCGAAGGGUCCCCGGAGCUCUCGUUCUCUCUCCUACACGAGAACUGGCGACUCAGAUUGCAAACGUUGCGCUCAAGUUGACAGAACACCAUAAGGACUUCCAAGUCGGUCUUUUCGUCGGCGGCGAAAGCAAAGGCAGACAGCUAUCCCAAUGGAACAAUGGUUUUCGCGACAUUGUGGUUGCAACGCCUGGCCGUUUACGUGACGUGCUCGAAAACCACUCUGACGUUCGAGAGAGCAUGAAGAGCUGCAACUUCCUCAUUUUGGACGAGGCCGAUACUCUUCUUGACAUGGGUUUUAGAGAUGAUAUCGACGCUAUCGCCAAAUUCUUGGCGCCCCCUCAAACACGGCAGACGUUCCUUUUCAGCGCAACUCUUUCCCGACGAAUCAGGCAAAUUGCUACCUCCCACCUAUCCCACAAUCACCAAUUCCUUGACGCUGCCCCACCUGCUUCUGGGACUGAUCUUUCCAACGUCGAUAAAUUGAAGGAAAAUGCACGCGUGCCUUGGGCAAUAGAUUCGGAUGAUGAACUUGUUACCCAUGCUCACAUACCUCAGUAUUACACCCCUCUCCCGUCCCCUGACGCCCAGAUUCCAGCUCUGCUUCGCCUUAUCGCUCAUGAUCAACUAAUUCACGGCUUUAAGUCCAAGAUAAUCGUAUUCUGCCCUACCACUCACUCUACGGCCUUCUUCUCAACGGUUGUGCGCGAAUUCGCCGCGGAUGGUACCCUUCCUGCCAAGAACACACGCGUCUUUGAAAUGCACUCGAAGCUUACUCAGGCUGCGCGGCAACGUGCAAGCAGGGAGUUCAGAGAGCCUGCUAUCACCUCAGAACAGCGGAAGCACGAUCGGCGACUACAGAAGCGCAAAUUCGCACCGGCUCCUACCAUCUUGGUCACCAGCGACGUUUCUGCUCGUGGUGUUGAUUACCCUCACGUUACUCGCGUUGUUCAACUUGGCAUUCCGAGCACUGAAACGCUUUAUGUUCACCGUGUUGGUCGUACUGGCAGAGGUCUUUCUUCAUCUCCCCUUUCACAUGCACAAGAGGAACCGCCCCAUCGUUCAGAUAUGCUUCUCCUCCCAUGGGAGGCUGGUUACUUCUCCCGGCACCUCCAUCAAUGUCCCGUCAAAGUGCUUCCUCUUGAAACCCUGGAGUCGCAGGUUGCUGCCGUAGCAUCUGCACCGUCACGUCAAUACUCGAAUGUCGCGAUAUAUGAUGCAUCUUCAACUGAGGACAGCCCCGGCUCCAAAAGCAAGGCGGACAACAAUACCAGCGGAGACAAACAACCAGAUUCCUUGUCAACCCGCUUCCGUUCACUUAUCCCUCUCCUUGACACAGAAGCGGUCCGUCAGACAGUCGCCUCACUCCUCGGCCAUUACCUUCCCCUUGCAGGCCCACUACAUGUUUCUGCCCAAAAAGUCCUCUCAGGUCUAAGUGACUGGUCGCGUACGUUCGGCGUCGACAUGGGUCGACCAAGCGAAGCUUGGCUUCGUCGCAUGGGUGUCCGUCUCGAGGAUAGAACUGGCUCCCCGCGGAAGAGGCUUGGAGAUCUAAUUGAUUCUUCAUCGCAAAAGAGAGGACCUCGCAGGUUCCCAGACCAGAGAUUUGACAAGAGCACAAGAGACGGUAAGACUAGCAAGCCGCGAAACAUGUCUUUCCGUUCGUCAGGGGUCCGAAAGAGUAGUUUCUGAUCUGGAUCGGCGGUUCGCGUGUAUUUCCUUCCCUCAGCACGCCCCGCCUCAUCUGAGUGAAGUUAGCACUCCAAUUUAUGGUCACUGGAUAUCUUCCGGUUAGCGCAGAGAGAUGGAUACACGCCAUCCCUAGCAUGCGCCUUGUGCCGCAGUCCCUGGACCUUCUCAGCCCAUCCUUACUAACACCCAAAUCUCACCUCCACGCGUCACCACC